GGUGUAGCCGUUGGUCAGGAGCCGCUGAUGAUCGUAAUGGAGCUCGCGACAAAUGGUGCACUGAAGGACUAUCUGCAGGAGAUCCAGAGGAGCCCAAGGAGCAAGCUGUACAUGUGUCUGGGAGCUGCUUCUGGUCUCGCCCAUGUUCACGAGAACAAUGUCGUCCACUGCGACAUUGCGGCAAGGAAUUGCCUGUACAGCGAACAAAAGGUCAAAAUUGCUGACUUCGGGCUCGCUCGUGAGCUGGCGCCUGGUGACACGGAAAUCAAGCUCGACAAGGAUCAAAAGCUCCCGAUCAAAUGGUUGGCACCAGAGACGAUGAGGGACCGGGUCUGCACCAAGAAGUCGGACGUUUGGGCCUUCGGAAUCCUCUGCUGGGAGAUCUUUGCGAACGGCGAGAAUCCCUACCAAAACUUUGGUACCAAUAACGAAGUUGCUAGAAGGGUGAUUAUGGGCGAGAGGAUGAAGUUCUCUGGCGAGGCGCCAGCAGAAUUCUGCGACUACAUGACGAAGCAGGUUUGGGCCGGUGACGCAGACGACAGGAGUCCUAUGCAGCAAGUGCUUCUAUGGUUCGACAAUAACAUCAAGCGCAUGACCGACAGUCAAAGGAGCCGCAUGGACAACACGAGAGGAGGAAACAGCUCGAAACCAUCUCGUCCGACGUCAAAGGAUGGAACAACUGCGAAGGAAAAAAGCGGGAGGGACAAAAAUGAAAGCGGGCGAGAUAAGAGCCAGAAGGGCAAUAAGAAGGGACACCACCGGAAAUGAUGAUGACAGGAAGAAGGGAGCUCUAUUGUGAUAUCAUUAUUGUA